GGGUGAAUGGAUAGUUCUUGAAGGGAAGCAGUGAGGGAACAUCUCCACCAGGCAGGUGAAGAAAGAAGCUGGACAAGUCAGAAAAGUUUGAUCAAUACUAAGAUCACUGGACGCUGAAAGCAGGUUGACUGUAAAGAUAUGGUCAUGCUGUGGGCAGUGUGUGUGUUCCUAUGUGUGUGUGCACGCUCUCUAGCUGUGCCCGUGGCUGGACCUCGCAUUUCAAGCCGGAGUAAAGUGCUACUGGUCUCUUUUGACGGGUUCAGGUGGGACUACGACAGGGAUGUGGACACUCCCCAUCUGGACGCUAUGGCCCGAGAUGGGGUGAAAGCCCCAUAUGUGACCCCUGCCUUCUUCACCAUGACCAGUCCUACUCACUUUACCAUUCUGACAGGAAAAUACAUUGAAAAUCAUGGGGUGAUCCAUAACAUGUGGUUCAACACCACCACCUCUGAGAAGAAGUCAUACUACCAGACCCAGUUUGUGAAUGAUUGGUGGGACAAUGGCAGUGUUCCCAUCUGGAUCACUGCUCAAAGACAGGGUCUCCGGGCCGGUUCCUUUCACUUCCCUGGCACAGCCUCCACCUAUCAGGGAGAGAGUGCCGAAGUGAGCGAGGUGGAGCCGUGGUUCUACAAUUAUAGCAAUGAGACAGCCUGGCGUGAGAAUGUGGACAAGGUGAUGGGCAGCUGGUUUCGUGAGAAAGACCUAGACUUUGUGUCAAUGUACUUUGGUGAACCAGACAGCACGGGUCACAGGUAUGGGCCGGACUCUCCAGAGAGAAGAGAGAUGGUGAAACAGGUGGACCGAACUGUUGGCUACCUGCGCAACUCAGCCGCACGCAAUGGCCUUACAGACCACCUCAACAUCAUCAUCACCGCUGACCAUGGUAUGACCACGAUUUACCGUAACGGGCUGGUGGAGGAAAUCAUCCUUUCUAAGAUUCCAGGGUUCUCUUUCCAAGACCUGGUCUUCCACCUGGUGGAUUACGGGCCCACGGGCAUGCUCCUGCCCAAAGAAGGGAGGCUGGAGAAGGUGUAUAAUGCCCUGAAGGGCGCUCAUCCACACCUCCAUGUCUACAUGAAAGAAGAAAUGCCCUCCAGGCUGCACUUCGCCAACAAUGCCCGCAUAUUACCCAUCAUCCUCUGGUCUGACAUAGGAUAUGUCAUUAAUGGGUACUUCCCAGUACAGUUCAACAAAGGAGAGCACGGCUUUGACAAUGAGAAUUUGGACAUGAAGCCAUUCUUCAGGGCAGUCGGACCAGCCUUCCGUAAGAAUCUGGUGGUGGAGCCCUUCGAGACGGUGAACAUCUAUCCACUGAUGUGUCACCUGCUGGGCAUUACACCUGAACCCAACGAUGGCCACCUGGACGCCACUCGGGCCAUGCUGAUCUCCUCUGAGCCACCAGAGGACAAAACUGCUGUAGGUGAUGUCCUCAAUAGUCUAUUCAUCGGACUGGCUGCAGUGGCUGGCUUUUUGUUUAUCGUGUUCGUUCUUAUUGUGACCAGUAGCACCAUCAAACGCAGAAGGAAAGAAAAGAGAGCUAGUGACUGGGAGAAAACCGAAGACUUUCCCACAAAAGAGGCUUCCUUUUAAGACUUUUAGUGGCUUCAUGAACUGAUGUCAGCAUUCAAUGGGAUUUACAAUACUUCUAGACAAGUCAUCAUCCUAAAAUAUAUUGUAACACAAUACAAACAUACUGUUUAAUGCCCUGCUGUAGCAGAAAAGACACAAUAAAAACCAAGUUAAAAAAUGAUGAGCACUCCAAACCAAAUACUAAUGCGCAUUCAUACUGAUGUCAUUCAUACUGGAAUAUAUGCAAUAUUUCAAAACUGUUCAAUUAAAACUAUUUGCUAUUUUAAGCAUGUGUUUGUAUGUUUGAAUGUAUAUGAUUUGUUGUGCAGUGUGUUUUAUGUUUAGUUUUUUUUUUUUUAAAUUAUAUGAGUUUUAUUAGCUGGGGUGGGCUGUAUAACAAUAUUUAUCAUUAAAUGAUGUCACUUUACAUUACGGUAAGCUUUCUCGAUUAAAGAACACUGACCAACUGAC